UUCGUCUCUAUUUCUGGUUAUAAAGGUACUUGAUGUUUCUAGUCCCCCAUUAAACAUUAUAUCAACACUGCUGUGUAUUUCUUCUUUUGCUGGGUUCUAUACUUAAAUAUCCAACCAUUUUACCUGUCAAAAGUAUUUUUUUUUUAAUUAGCCGAAGGACAACAAAACUUUUCAAAUGAGGAAUAUGUGAAACAUUAAAAUGAGUUUAUGUAUUAAAACCGUACUUGUAAUUCUGAGUUUAAAAAGUAUUAAUCCUGUGAGCAGUACCUUAGUCGGCAUAGAAGACCUCGAUGACUUUUUAAAUGCUUUGAUUGGUGUCGUACAGCAAGCGGAUGAUGAUAAAGGUGCUGCAAUUAAGCCUGGUUUCGUAUUUGGUGCUUUUGUCGCAAAUUUGCACUUAAAAUAUCUAAGGGAAAAACGAAGAGAAUACAUACCUGAAGCCAAGGCAUCUAAACUUGAUAGAAUAAUAAAAAAACUUGAUCACAUAGACGAUAUUUACUAUAUCAUGAUUGAGGAAAACUAUAAAGACGAUAUCUCUCCAGAAGAUAAACUAGUUUAUAAUUUAUUCAACAACUUCACAACAUGGAUACCAAAUAUGCAGCCCUUUAAAUCGAAUCCUAAGCCGGCGUUGCGCACUUUUUUUGACCUGGAAAACAAGUAUUUAAAAUAUAUGACGUAUUCACAAAAAGUUGAUUCGCAAAACAAUUUUGAUCCUACCCCUGAAUUAUUUCAGUACUGUAUUGAACGUUUAGCAAAGCACAAGAUUGAAAAUAUCUCUAAACGACCACCGAGAUGUAAUAUAACACAGGAGUGUGCGAAGACUAUUUACUCAGGCGGCGACAAUGGAUACUCCCUUACUCACAGGCUUCUUUUACUUAUUAUGGCGAAGAUGAGCGUCCACUGUAGUAUAAAAAACUUAAAGGCGGAUCAACAUUUGGUCGAGAAUCUCUGUCAUAAAGCUUAUGACGAGGGUCGUUACAUCGCUAUGCAUAUGUUUAAGCUACUAGAUCUAUUAUUCGAACAAGUAAUGAUGUGCACAAUGUACGGAUACUCAGAGUUUUUUGUACAAAGAUGGUUCGAUGCUCUUUUACGUCACCAAACUAAAGCAGGAUGUUUUACACUUGGUCAUCGUAGAAAAACUCUCAUAUCAAAAGAAACUCUUGUUAACGGAACUUGCGACUAUCAUCUUUCAACUGGAGGAAUCGCUGCCCUGGGAGCCAGUGUGAGGUACAUAAUGGAGACUGGAUAUAAAGAAAAAAUUUUAGAAUCUGAAAGCGAUUUGGAUGACACAGAGGAUGAAAUUCCAGAUGAGACUGCAGAAGGACUAUUCUAG